AGAAGAGAGAAGAUCACCUCCACAGACUACACAUGCUGACAAACACACCUAUUCACCUCUGUGGACGUUAAACUCUGCAGCUCUGACAGGAUGGAUUUUUUAGACAGCGGUUACCUGGACGCGCGCUCUCCGUAUGAUAACACCUUUAAUUUCUGGAACGACUACCUCGGCCUGUCGACUCUUGUCGCCAAGAAUAAGAUCCACAGCCCGUCCUGCAGCCCCAACUCUAUAACCGAGUCCCUUAAAGCGACUCUGGGCUUGGAGGACGAUUCCCCGGUUUGCUCCUGCGUAAUUGGGCACGGCAGGGACAGCGACGGACACUUGGACUGCUGCUGCGCGGCCCCGGGCUCCCCGCCAAUCUCCAUCUACGAUUUCAAGGAGCGCAUCUCGCUGCUCAGGCCGUACGAGCACCUAGCUGGUGAUUCACCGCUGGGAGACAGAGAUUCACCCUCCUACAGGGGAAGCUUCGCCGGCCUCGACCUGCUCGCCAUGGACAGAAGGCGCAAACAGACUCAGAGGAGCAAGCCGGAGCCGAAGGUGUGCGUCUUCUGUCGGAAUAACGGCGCACCGGAGGAAGUUUACGGCACCCACAUCCUGAAGACAGCGGAUGGCAGGGUGCUGUGCCCCAUCCUCCGGGCGUACACCUGCCCCCUCUGCAGUGCCAACGGCGACAAUGCGCACACCAUCAAGUACUGCCCGCUGUCGAGAGAUCAGCCGAGCCAGAGAGUGGCAAAGGGGGGCAGGCCGAUUGGCAAAAGGCUGAAAAUCUUCUAAGCGAGGAUAUGAUAAAAAAAAUAAAGUUUGAGUUGCACUGUAAAUGACGAGUGUGUCUGGCCCUUUGCCCCCAUUUCAUGCACAAGACAAGUGUGGAGAUAAAAAGAUUUAAAGAAAAUAUUGAUUUUUUUAUUUGUAUGUGUCACUGCUUCAUACUUGUUAUCUUGUAACUCUAUGGGCACAUAGUUUACAGGUGGACGCAUUGCGCGCAUUAUCUUUCCUUCCCAGCACUCUUAAGGACUUUGUGAUCACAAAUGAACCAAAGUACUGUACAGACCGACGUGUGAAUGACCACCUUCAUGCUGUAAUCACAAACCGCCCUGUGCAUGUCAGCUCUGGGUUUAUGAGAUGCCAACAUAAAUGAUGAAUAUGCAGCACUCCUGAUAUACAAUGAAUGUUUAGUCCCAUAUAGUUCAACGGCCCAUGGAUGUAAGAAGUCUGACAGGCCAUGCAAGAUAUACUUCUUUAUAUCGAGCACAGUUUUCCUGAGAUAAAUGUUUUCUACCAAAGGAAUACACUUUUGUAUUGACACUUAGCCUGAAGGUAUUUUCCGUAUUGUUUAUAUGUUGGAUGUCAUUAUGUGAUUUUAUGUGGAUAGUAUUUUGCAGAUUUCAACUGAAUGUACAAACAUGUGGAAAGUAGAUCCGACAUUCAGUUCACUGACAUGCUUUUAGAGUAGCUUCAGUUGACUGUUCAAACACACAGAUGCUGAAUAGAUUGUUUUGUUUUUCACGUGGAAAUAUAUUCCUGCAAUUCUUGUAAAUGUAUUAAAGGGGGCGAACGAUUUUAGCAAUGAAAAGCCUGACAUUCCAAAGUCUUUAUCUGUCAAUAGAAAUGUUUUAUGUACUUAUUUUUACCUUAUGUAUCAUUGGGAAAUAUAUUCGCUGUAAAUUACUCUGAAUAAACAUGUCAUUUGCAUUUUU